AGGUCGAGCCGGCGGUAGCCCUGCCAGGCCGCCGUACGUUUUCCUCCACAUUAAAAAUUUCCACUUUGUUUCACCCCCUCUCUCUCUCGCGCUCGCACACAUACCUGUCGAAUUGAAUAGAAUAUUUCCUCGAUUUCCGAUUCAUCUCCGGAUGAAGCGAAUGAUGACAGGCCACGGUACUAGAGCCAUCAGCACCGAUGUGUAGGCGUCGCUGAAACAGGAUUGAAAGGUCUCGUCUUUCUAUGAUAUUCUUCACUUUCUAGUCAGUGGUCACUCUCCGGCGGCGCUCUGCCAGUCCAUGGGUCGCCGACGAGCGGCGAGGAAGCGGCGAGAGGGGCUUCGAGCGAAGCAAGCGGGAAGAGGUUCUUGCAGAGGUAGCUAAGAGCUCACGGGGGCUAGCAGGCAUUAUCGGAUUCUUCCUAUUUUUCUCUGUGAGGAGGCAUAACAGACUCAGCGUUUCGAGCGAGGUAGUACAGUGAUGGGGCUCGCACUCGGAGACGUGUUGAAGCGGCUCUGCGUCGAGAUUGGGUGGUCUUAUGCUGUUUUUUGGAGGGCGGUUGGUCUACAGGAACAGAGGUGUUUGAUCUGGGAGGAUGGCUAUUGUGGACGAAUGCAUGGCGCAAUAUCCGGUUUUGAAGCUAUGGAUUUACUCAUUAAGGAGAAGGGGCUUCUCCGUGGUUCUCGGUGUGAGGAACGUUUUACUGAGCUUGGACGCUCCACUGAGGACAGAAUCUACGCGCUGGUUCAUAGGAGUAUGACGAGCCAAGUUCAUGUUGUGGGAGACGGAGUAGUUGGGAAAGCUGUUUCAACAGGGAGACAUAACUGGAUUCUUCAAGGCAAGCUUAAUCAAAAAUUUUCAGCAACCAAGGAUUUAGUUGAGAUAAAUCAACAAUUUCUGGCAGGCAUCCAGACAAUAGCUGUUAUUCCUAUCCUUCCACAAGGCGUUCUUCAACUUGGUUCCACCCAGCUGAUUUUUGAGGAAAUUGGGUUUGUUAAUUUUGUGCAACAUUUAUUUAUGCAACCGGGAAGCAUGGCAGGAACAAAUUUAUGUGAUGGUAGUGGUACCAUCUUGAACCAGAAGCCCCCGAUACUAGAUAUUACACAACCAUCCUCUAGUCAGUUUGGAAAUGUCAGUAGUAAUGUAGAUGGCUUACUUUCUCACAAUCUUCAUGAGGUAGAUCAACUUUUCAGAGGCCAUGACCCCAGAUUUACUUCCAAAACUUCAUCUUUAUUUACAUCUUCACUUAAUAAGGUUCCUCUCUCAUCUCAACAAAUGUUGCUUGACAGCAACAUUAGCUCAAAGAAAAUGUUGCCUUUUUGCAACUUCUCCCAAUCAACUUGCCAUAUUGUUCAACCUAAUCUUUAUUCAAAUAACCAGCUAAAAAGUGAGUGUCUGGAACAUCCGGGGACAUUUUCAGCUUCUAAUUCCAUGAUAAGUGAAAAAUCUUUGCCUCAGAAUUUGGGCUAUGGGAAUCAUUGUCGAUCUGAAGAUGUGAAUGGAAGUUUGUUUGCUGGUCAUUUGAAAUCCCUUGAAAACCAAUUCAGGACAGAUCAAGGGACAGCACAUGGAUCUGCUGGCAACCAUGAAGCUAUGGUGGACAGCUCUAGCUUACCUCACCUUGGAACUCAUGAAUCUAAACUCUAUGAUUCCCAUGGAUGUUCUGAGUCAGCUUCAUCAUUUGGUAGAAGUAGCUCAUCCAAUAAGAAAGAGAAUAUUGGAAAUAGUUGUUCACUUUCUAGUGGUGUAAUGAAAUGCAUCAGAAGUGAAAUUUCUUUUGAAAGCAAUGCAUCUCAAAUACAAAGCCUAACAGAUGAUUUAGAUAGGGUUCGUAUGCUUUCUUGUGGCUUUAGCCAGACUCAGUCUACCUCCACUGGUAAAAUCUCUUCAACUUUGUUUUCUCUCAAUAAAGAAAAGGAUGAAAACAUAAAAUGUCAAGCUCUUGAUGGAUCUAGAGACAGAUUGCAUAAUAUUUCUAAAAGAGAUGAUUGGUAUGAUUAUCAUCUAGUUUCAGCAAACAAUCAGGAUCCUAAUGGUUCUGUUUCUCAAGCUAGUGUUCAGUACAGUGUGGUUGCUUAUAACCCCAAAAUAUUGCCUCCUUCAAGCAUAAAAACAACUUUUGAUAUGCAACAACAAAAUGCUGAAAACAUUUUAUUUGAUCCAUUUGAUCUUGAUCAGGUAUCUAAUGCCAGUUACAGUCUUCUGGAGGAUUCUUUUGUAAAUUUGAAUGGCAUGGAAGUUUGUGAGUUGAGCGCAGAUGUUCCUGCUUGCGUAAGACAGGUAGAUGCAGUUAUUGGUGAUAUAUUAAAUGAUGAAAUUUCAUGUAGUGGUGGGCUUUUCUGUGAAAGUGGUAGCGAUCAACUGUUGGAUGCUAUAGUUUCACAGAUGAAGCCAAAUAGAAAGCUCAUCUCCGAUGAUAAUGUUUCUUGUAAUACGGCAUCAACAAAAACAAGCAAUGUUUCGCUUCCCAACAGCUCUACACAAUGUAAUAUGGCAGCUUUAUCAGAGCAAUUAGCAGGAAAUUUUGUAGGGAAGUCUCCAAAUAUUACUAAAUUACAGACAGCUGGCACAAGUUCGUUUACAUCUGAAUGCAGCAGGGAGAGAUCUGAAGGUUUAUGCUCCCUGGGGGAUGAAAAAUCUAAAUCACAAAUCAGUUUAUGGGUUGGAAAGGCUAGGAAUAUGACUUGUGAUGGGAUGUCUUCUGCAAAUUGUAAAAAAAUUGAUGAUGCGGGUAAGCUGAAUAGAAAAAGGUCGAGAACAGGAGAAAAUCCACGACCAAGGCCGAAAGAUCGCCAGAUGAUCCAGGACCGUGUCAAGGAACUACGGGAAAUUGUACCCAAUGGAGCUAAGAUGAGCAUUGAUGCUUUACUGGAAAAAACCAUCAAGCACAUGCUUUUCUUGCAAAGUGUCACAAAACAUGCUGAUAAGCUCAAGGAAACCGGGAGGCCUAAGAUCAUCAGUGAGGAUGAGGGCCUGCUCCUAAAGGACAAUUUCGAUGGCGGCGCAACAUGGGCAUUCGAGGUUGGCAGCCAAUCUGUGAUCUGCCCCAUCGUAGUUGAAGAUCUUAGCACUCCUCGACACAUGCUUGUAGAGAUGCUCUGUGAGAAAAGAGGUCUCUUCCUUGAGAUUGCUGACUUAAUUAGAGGCUUAGGAUUGACUAUCUUGAAAGGAGUUAUGGAAGCUCGUGAUGAAAAAGUGUGGGCUCGAUUCGCAGUUGAGGCAAAUAAGGAUAUUACAAGGAUGGAUGUUUUUCUAUCUUUAGUACAUUUGUUAGAACCAACAGCAGGAAACGCUGUACUAGAAGGCAUGCGGAACUGUAAGAAGCCACAAAAUGUGUUUAACCAGUCUUCCAUUCCUGUAACUGGAGCAGCUGACUGCCUUUAACUCCAUUUUUGUUCUGGGAAUGCUGAGAGUGAGGUUUUUUUCCUCUGCCAUGACUAGCAUUCUUCUUACAGCAAGGUUAUACUUUUAACUGAAUGAUUUUGCUCUCUUUCAAGCUAUUUGGGGUUAAGUUACUGACCGUACAUGUAGUACUGAAGUUCAUAUAGCUGAAGGAUUCGGGAGACUUUGGGCUUUAGAUAGUUCCUCCUUUUGGGUAUAAAAAUCACAGCUUUUUAUUGCUGAAUCUCUUCCUUGAGAGACCUCCAUGUAUCACGGGUUUUCACGUGCAGAGGCCGAAGCUAAGCGAAUGAAUUUCUUAGUGAUUUUUCAUUUUAUUUUGCUAUAGUUUUAUGUUGCAGACCGAGUCAUUUUCAUGGCUUUUUUCAAGAUUAAGUUGAUGUAAUGUGAAGUUUUUUGA